UCGUGCUAUUUUGCAGGAAGGUAUGGUUAUGUCACGAGCGUUGAUGACCCGAGGCGUGCGGCGUUUUUGUACCAGUGUCCGUAGAAGGGUUAAAAUUCUCGGGAUCGAAACGAGUUGCGAUGAUACUGGAGCAGCCAUUGUUGAUGACACUGGGAAUAUCCUGGUAGAGUCCUUGCGGUCUCAGCAAAACAUCCAUUUGAAGUUUGGUGGCAUCAUUCCGCCGCUGGCACGGGAUCUCCACAACGUCAGUAUAAAGUCCGUCGUAGCCGAAUGUCUCGACACGGUCCCACUCUCAGAAGUCGACGCUGUCGCUGUCACGAACCGACCGGGCCUCAUCUUGUCCUUGGAGGUCGGAGUCGGAUUUGCCAAAGAACUUUGCCGAUCCUGUCCGGGCAGAAGAAUCCCGCUGAUACCCGUGCAUCACAUGGAAGCUCAUGCCUUGACCGUGCGGAUGGUGGAAAAAAAACAGAUAAGUUUUACGUUUUAUUGUCACGUAAUCCGAAGAAUGACGUUGUGGAUGUGGUUUCACGGACCACGUAAAAUCAUGGCUGCGUGGUUGCACAUGGAUGAGUCUUGA